CGGUACUUUGUGGACACACAACCAGCCUACCGCAUCCUGAAACCAUGGUGGGACGUGUUCACCGACUACAUCUCCAUUGUUAUGCUCAUGAUUUCUGUGUUUGGGGGGACCCUGCAGGUCACCCAGGACAAGAUGAUCUGCCUACCCUGCAAGUGGGUGGUCAACAACACCUGCAAGAAGAACUUCAACACCAACACAUCUGCAUCACUGUAUGUGGAGCACAAAGGGAUUCAGUAUAACCUGGACCGCCACCAGUACAACUACGUGGAUGCAGUAUGCUACGAGAACAAACUGCACUGGUUUGCCAAGUAUUUUCCCUACUUAGUGUUACUACACACGCUUAUAUUCCUUGCGUGCAGCAACUUUUGGUUUAAAUUUCCCAGAACUAGUUCUAAACUAGAGCACUUUGUAUCCAUCCUGUUGAAAUGUUUCAACUCCCCGUGGACAACGAGGGCACUGUCGGAGACGGUGGUGGAAGAGAGUGACCCAAAACCAUUAAAAAUGAAUGGCUCAGUGGACCACAAGGAGUCGGUCAUCAGCGAUGAUGUUGAAGCCAGUGUUCCGAUGCUGCAGAGAACAAAGACACGCCUUGAGCAGGGCAUCGUUGAUAGAACAGAGACAGGAGUUUUGGACAAAAAAGAGGGCGAACAGGCAAAAGCCCUGUUUGAAAAAGUCAAGAAGUUCCGUAUACACGUGGAGGAAGGGGACAUUGUGUACAGACUGUACAUUCGCCAAACAAUUAUCAAGGUUAUUACGUUUAUUUUGAUCAUCUGCUACACAGGGUAUUAUGUGCAUGACAUUAAAUUCAGCGUGGACUGUUCAGUGAACAUUGAGAACCUGACCGGCUACAACCUGUACCGCUGUGCUCAUCCCUUGGCGACACUUUUUAAAAUCUUAGCCUGUUUCUACAUUAGCUUAGUCGUGGUCUACGGUUUGAUUUGCAUGUACACUCUCUGCUGGAUGCUGCGACGUUCUCUUAAGAAGUACUCCUUCGAGUCCAUACGAGAAGAGAGCAGCUACAGUGACAUACCCGAUGUGAAGAAUGACUUUGCCUUCAUGUUGCACAUG